AUGCAGCCAGAGGUGGAGCCUCUGGGUUCUGCCACCCUGGGCAGCCCCGGCGUGCACAAGGAGGCAGGAGCCCUCCUUGUGAACCUGGAGAUCCCAGAAGACACACAGGCCCAGAUCCAGGGCAGGCCCAUCAAAUCCUCGAAGCAGUACCUGCGGCAGGUCAUUGCAGAAUAUGAGGCACUGGACAGAGAGCUCCCAUGCAUUCGGAAGUUCUCCAUGCCACCUGCUGCCCAGCCCCUUUGCCUCUGCAUGGAGACCUCCGUGACUCUUCGACUCCCCCAGGAGGAUUUUACCCACCUGGAGGUGCUGGAGGCGCUUGAGGCCGAGUUGCCCGGGGCCAUGGAGAGCGGGUGCGUGAGCAGCAUCCGCUUUGAGAACGUGAACGUCAUCUGUGGAACCGCGGGCCGCCGGGACCGGUGGCUCAUCACGGUCACCGACUUCCAGACGCGCUCGCGCCUGCUGCACUCAGGGAUCAGCCCGAGAGGGAUGGCUCACUCGCUGGUGCGCCACGACGAGCUGCUGCUGGGCGACUACCGCCUGCACCUGCGCCGCGCCCUGGUCCGGCGGCACAUGCUCCAGGCUCUGGGGGCGGAGCCUACGGAGGAAGACUGACGCGCAGGGCGGGCCCCAGCUGCACACCGUCCCGCGGGCCUGGGCGUCCCCAGCCAA